UUUUCCGAUCAACAACGACAACAAUCACUUUCCACAAAAAAAAUAAAAUAAAAACACAACCAUGUCAUGGUUGGCUCGCUCUCUCGCAGACUCCCUCCGACUCGACGGCGACGGUGACCUCAACGGCGGCGGCGACGACGACGACGAGGACAACGAUGUUGUUUGGAACAAUCAGUCAUCUGGUGAUCCGUCACCAUCCUCACCCAUCAAACCCAAUCCCCAAUUCCAACGUCAACAUCAAGAACACGAUCGAAGAUUCGAACCAGAGAGAAACGACGACGACGACGAAGAAGAAGAAGCCCAAACCAGAGGUGUCAAAGAGGACCUCUCCGAGAUCAAGCAAGUACUGACCCGACAAUUUUGGGGGGUUGCCUCGUUUCUAGCGCCUCCACCUUCGGAACCGUCGACGCCGUCUCGUUUUCUUCGUCAAUUGGACCACAAUUUGAAUCGAUCUGAGGCGUUGGAUCAACCCGAUCCGGCUCCGGAAAUGUCUCGGGAAGAGGAAGAAGAGAAAGUGGAAGAGUGUGUUGUGGGGAUCACUGAGGAGGUCUUGGCUUUCGCGAGGAAUAUCGCGAUGCAUCCGGAGACGUGGUUGGACUUUCCUCUCGAUGAGGAAGACGACUUGGAUGAUUUUGACAUGUCUGAUGCCCAACAAGAGCAUGCUUUGGCGAUUGAACGUCUUGCUCCUAGAUUAAUGGCCUUGAGAAUUGAACUCUGCCCUUGCCAUAUGAGUGAGGGUUACUUUUGGAAAGUAUAUUUUGUUCUUCUGCAUUCGAGACUCAAUAAAAAGGAUGCUGAAGUCUUGUCUACGACCCAGGUAAUGGCAGCCAGAGCAAAGUGGAUGCAAGAACUACAAAAUCAAACUGCAUCAGUAUCUGAAUGGCUUGGAAGCAGUACUUCAUAUUUACAAGAUGAUUCCGAUUCCCUGCAUGAAGAUCAUGUUCCCAUCUCACCCUUUAGUGCUCGUAGUGGAGAAAUGGCCCUAGGAACAUUUCCUUUUCAGCGAACAACGUUCUCUUUUCCAUCAGCUAUUGAGACCGAGAAGCACACAGUUGAAAGUUCUGAGUUGCAAUUCGUUGACAAGUCUGUUAUUGAAGAAAAGCCAAUGGUCAAAUCCAAGGAUAAAAGUUUAACGGUUGGUCCAUCCUCUAACAUACUUCUCAAGAAUCAUGAAGAUGACGACUAUGAUUGGCCAGAGGAAGAUUUUGAAUUGAACGAGUAUAUUAGAACUUCUAUUCCUGUGGGAAAUGAAGAGGACAUAUCUUUCAGUGAUCUCGAGGAUGAUGAUUUUGACGCACCCGCAAAAUUUAAAUUUGCUCCUAAAGAAUAUGAAACGUCUAGGAAUAGUCGGUGAAAACUGUGCAUGUGCCGGCCGUAUUCACUGGACAGAAGAUUGAACUAAACUCCGUCCGAUGAAUCUUAUGGAGGAAGGACCCCAAGACUGAAUUUUUCUGAACUUCGCCGGAGCAUUGUGCUUGUGCAUGGUGAUUGUGUGUUUCUAAGUAUUUUGUACAUUAUGUAUUGUUUUUGGUGUUUCUAUAGAGCGAUGAUUGAUUUGAUUGGUUCUUAUAGCCAUGUAAUUACAACAAUAGUGAUUUAAAGGGGAAAGCGAGGGAGAAGAGGAAAAAGGUUUUCACAUAUAUGAAUUGACUCGGAUUCAUUACAUUUUCAAAACAGUUGUGCCUUUAAGUUGUAUUAUACGAGUGACGCAAUA